AUGACACUUCCCUUGGCAGGGCAAUACGCGUUGGUGACCGGCGCCAGCCGUGGCAUUGGAAGGGGCAUCGCCCUCCAGCUGGCGCAAGCCGGCGCUACCGUAUACAUCACCGGGCGGGAGCCGGCCAAAAGUGACACAACCGUGGAAACGACGCUGCCUGCGCUUCAGCAGACUGCUCGAGAUAUCCAAGACCGUGGCGGCAAGGCAGUGGUCGUCUACUGUGACCACAGCAAUGAUGACGACAUCAAAAGGCUGUUCGAUCAGAUCGAAAAUGAGACGGCCGGCUGUCUGGACAUUCUGGUGAACAAUGCCUACUCGGCCAUUCAGGACUUCCGCAAGGCGAGCGGGGCCCCGUUUUUCGAGCUGGAGCCCGAGUUCUGGGAUUCGGUGAACAGCGUCGGCCUUCGAAAUAACUAUGUGUGCGCCGUGUACGCGGCGCGGAUGAUGGUCAAGCGGAAGACUGGACUGAUCGUAAACAUUUCGUCGGCGGGCGGGCUGCAGUACGUCUUCAACGUGGCAUAUGGAGUCGGCAAGUGCGCGGUAGAUCGGAUGUCGGCCGACAUGGCCGUCGAGCUGAAGCCGUACAAUGUGACCUGCGUUACCGUGUGGCCCGGCACGGUUAGGACCGAAAUGGCGCAACUGAUGCAGCAGCGGGACGAGAUUGCCACCGUGCUGAAAAUCGACAAAGCGCUGGCGGAUAAGCAGGUGGCGACGGCCGAAUCGCCAGAAUUCUCCGGGCUCGGCAUCGUCGCCCUGGCCAGGGAUCAAAGGAAGCUUCGCAAAUCCGGAAAAAUCUUGCUAACCUACGAUCUGGCCCGGGAGUAUGGCUUUAAGGAUAUUGACGGAAAAAUGCCGGGCGACAUGCGGCAGCUAUCGACGGCGCUCGAGUUCCUCGGCUGGAAACGGCUGGCCGGCUGGAUCCCGGGCUUCAUUCGCGUGCCCCUCUUCGGCCUCCACAUGGCGUCGUAUAAAUUUUUG